UCCUACUGAGCUCCUGAGCUGCACCCGCUCCCCACCCCGCGCAGCACCAUGCCUGUCGGCCGUCUCUGCUUGCUGGCCACAGCCUUCCUCCUUGGGCUGCUGCUGCCCGGCCUCCUCCAGGCCACAGGUGAGUCGGGCACGGAGAGGCCAGGCGUGCAGAAGAGCAAAGCCACCAGCGCAGGACAGAGCCAGGAAGAAGAAAGGCUACACACCUUUCUAGGGGCCACAGAAGCAAAGAAGCCGGGUGUGUGCCCCCAGCUCCAGGCGGACCGGAACUGUACACUGACCAUGGAGUGCAACUCCGACAGCGACUGCGCGGGCAACCUCAAGUGCUGCCAGGGCAACUGCGGCACCAUCUGCUCGAUGCCCAACGAAAAGCCAGGUACUUGCCCCAGUGUGGAGUUACCACAGCUUGGCAUCUGUGAGGACCAGUGUCAAGAGGACAGCCAGUGUAGUGGCCUGAUGAAAUGCUGCCGCAACGGCUGCGGAAAGGUAUCCUGUGUCACACCCAACUUCCAAGCUCCAGCACCACCAGCUUGAGGAGCAGCGAAAGGGGAAGUUUCUGGCUGGCCUCACAUCUGGCUCCAUUGCAGCCAUCUCCUUUCUUUUUGGAUCCUGCAUUCCAUCCUGAGCUGACCACAGCUCCUCCCUUUCCCAACCAAUAAAUUGACAGCUUUCAGCACUG